AAUCCCUUUCGGACAAGCUCAUUCUGUAUCUCUAAUUGUAGAUUUCUGCAUUCUGGGGGGCCUUUACUUCUUUAAAUGCUCUUUCUUUUAGUGAUUUAAAGGCUACCUUGGGCUUGUUUUAUUUCCUUCUUCCUCUUCUUUUGGGGUGGUAGUUUGUUCCUUCAGAUACUCAACGAAUAUGGAUCAUAUAUCUGAUGAGAACAACCAAACUAAUUUUGUAAAACCCACAAAUUUUCAAGAAGGAGGUGCAGUUAUGGGUAGCAGAAAGUUUGGGCAGGAGACUAGGCACAACAGAAGAGCUUUGAGUGUCAUUAAUCAGAAUUUAGUAGGAGCUAAAGCAUAUCCUUGUGUUGUUAAUAAGAGAGGCUUGUCAGAACGAAAUGAAAAUUUUGAAAACAACCAGCUUGAUCCAGUGCACAGACCUAUUACCAGGAAGUUUGCUGCCCAAAUUUUUAGUAGUCAACGGCAUUGCCCCGAGGAAACUAAGAAGCUGAAACCAUCAGUUCCAAGCUCAAAUGAGUUUGGAGAUUGCAUAUUCAUAGAUGUGGAGGAGCACAAGGCAUCUGUAGACCACCCAGUACCCAUGUUCCUAGAAGAAACAGAAACUAGGUUCAGUGAACCUCAAGAGAUGGAGGAAAUUGAAAUGGAGGAUAUAGUUGAAGAGCCAGUUGUUGAUAUUGAUGGCUCUGAUGCAAAGAAUCCAUUGGCGGUUGUCGACUAUGUUGAAGAUAUGUAUGCCUACUAUGGAAAGAUGGAGACGUUUAGCUGUGUUUCACCAAACUACAUGGCGCAGCAGUCUGACAUUAAUGAGAAAAUGAGGGCUAUUCUGAUCGACUGGCUUAUUGAGGUGCACGAUAAAUUUGACCUCAUGGGCGAGACAUUGUUUCUUACUGUUAAUCUCAUAGACAGAUUUUUGUCCCAGCAAACAGUGGUAAGAAAGAAGCUUCAGUUGGUAGGACUGGUUGCUAUGCUCUUAGCAUGCAAGUACGAGGAGGUUUCUGUUCCUGUUGUUGGAGAUCUAAUCCUUAUAUCAGAUAAAGCUUACUCUAGGAAAGAAGUUCUCGAAAUGGAGAGAUUGAUGCUUAACACAAUGCAGUUUAACAUGUCAUUUCCAACACCAUAUGUUUUCAUGAGGAGGUUCCUCAAGGCUGCUCAGUCCGACAAGAAGCAGUUUGAGCUUCUGUCCUUCUUCUUGAUUGAGCUUGCCCUAGUGGAGUAUGAGAUGCUUAAGUUCCAACCAUCACUGCUAGCCGCUGCUGCAAUCUACACUGCUCAAUGCAGUCUUUACGGGUUCAAGCAAUGGAGUAAGACAUGCGAGUGGCAUAGCAGCUACUCAGAAGAUCAGCUGUUAGAAUGUUCAAGACUGAUGGUUGGUUUCCAUCAGAAGGCAGCAACAGGGAAACUAACAGGGGUACAUAGGAAGUACUGUACAUCCAAGUUUGACUACACAGCAAAAUGUGAACCUGCAAAAUUUCUAGUAGAGACCUUACCGUAGUAGAGAGGGGAAUGUAUAGCAGCUACUGACUAUACCUGAUUUAAUGAAGAGAGCAGGACAAAGAAUAAUGAAAGCAACUUUGGGUUGCACUUAGGAGUUAAAAAUUUUUGAAAAUUUUUAAGCCUGCAGCAGCCUGGGUUGUUAAACAAAUGUCUUUUUUACAUCCAUGGUUGAUUUCUGUGUAUGUUCAAAAUUGAACACCAUUUCUCACUACAAUCUUCUGUAUUUCCUUGACACAAUAAUUUGACAAUGAUGACAACAAUAUUCUUUUCCCUGUA